GGGAAGAAGGGAAUUGGUUUUUGAGAGUGCUCUGUGUUAGUUUUUUUGUCCUCCAUGAUGGCUUCAAAAACUCCAGAAGGAUCACUUACCCAAUUCCAGUCAAAGUAUGUCAAUCAACACUUUAGCAGAUCAAGUAUCUUCGAGUUUGUCUUUCGCAGAUCCAAGUAGUGAUGGUAAAACCGGUAAUAGUAAGAUCAAUGAGCAAGGUGAGAGUGGAAAGAGUAGCACUUGUAGACCGAGCACAAGCAGUGAUAUAAGUGAUGAGAGCACUUGUAGCAGCUUUAGUAGCAGUAUCAACAAACCUCACAAGGCUAAUGAUGUGAGAUGGGAAGCGAUUCAAGCUGUUAGAACGAAACAUGGUGGUUUGGGUUUGAAUCAUUUUAGGCUCUUGAAAAGGUUAGGAUGUGGAGAUAUUGGAACUGUUCAUCUUGCUGAGUUGAAUGGAACAAGGUGUUAUUUUGCGAUGAAGGUUAUGGAUAAAACCGCUUUGGCUAGCCGGAAAAAGCUUCUUAGGCUCAAACUGAAAGAGAGAUAUUGCAGUUUUUGUCCUGGUGGUGAUUUGCAUACACUAAGGCAGAGACAACCCGGGAAACGCUUCACCGAGCAAGCAGCCAAGUUUUAUGUAGCGGAAGUGCUUCUUGCGAUGGAAUAUCUACACAUGCUGGGAUCAUUACCUCAGAUCAGCCAAUGUCGGGUCCGAGGGCUUGUCAAAGAAUUCGGUUUCUUGCUCGCAACAACCUGCAUGCAUCCAGCAACCAUCUUGCAUCUCAAUGGCUCCAACAUUGCUUCUCUCCUCGUUCUUCUCAUCAAAUCCAAGAAAGACAAGAAACCGAAAACCGAGAACGGGAACCACCAAGUAACUCCGUUACCAGAACUUGUUGCAGAGCCCACAGGCGCCCGUUCGAUGUCUUUUGUUGGCACACACGAGUACUUAGCUCCAGAGAUCAUCAAAGGUGAAGGACAUGGAAGCGCGGUUGAUUGGUGGACUUUCGGGAUCUUUCUUUAUGAAUUAUUGUUUGGUAAAACACCAUUUAAAGGGUCUGGAAAUCGAGCUACGCUCUUCAAUGUGGUUGGUCAGCCUCUGAGAUUUCCGGAAUCUCCGGUUGUUAGCUUUGCAGCUAGGGAUUUGAUAAGGAGUUUACUUGUGAAAGAGCCACAACAUAGAUUAGCUUAUAAGCGUGGAGCAACAGAGAUAAAGCAACAUCCUUUCUUUGAAGGAGUGAAUUGGGCUCUGGUUCGAUGUGCCAGCCCACCGGAGAUUCCUAAACCGGUUGAUCUUGAACCGUUAAAUCCUACUCCUGCUAUGCCGUCUGCCGCAUCUUCGAGUGUGAGAUCUGAUCAGAGUAAUUAUCUUGAGUUCGAUUUCUUCUGAAGAAACUGUUCCACAGUUGAUGAUUCUCAUUAUUGUUUCUUUGCAAAUUCUGUUUAGUGUUUUCCACAAAUGUGUUUCCUUUUUUUGUUUUUUUGAAUUUUCAUGUCUUGAAAAAGUUAUGAGAUUUGUUUGUAAUCAUUCUUCAAAAAUGUGAAACAGUCUCUGUACCAUCUUCUUGAGUUUUUUUAAUGUUAGACAAGAACCAUUGAGAAGCGAUAAUUCACA